GCUCUUGUUUGUGAAACAUAAUGCAGCCGCGGUAUUUAGCUAUUUUGCUUUUGAUUUUGGUUUUAAAGAAGCAACAUUUUGCGGAGGCAGAUCCAAGUGCCACUUUAUCGAGUAAAUCUUCCAAUCCACUUGUUAAAUCGCAGUGUGAAGGAUAUUGUUUGUCGGUACUAAAGCCUCUCCUGGAUCGUAUUGAACACCUCAAACUUUCUGCCCAUACAGCUGAAGAAUGGAAAGACAAACGAAAUCUUGUGGCAGAGGCUGUAGAAAAACUGCAGAACGAAUUGGCAAUCGCUGAUCUUCAGAUCGAAAUCAAACAAGAAAUAAUACAAGUAAUAACUAAAAAAAUUGAGAAACAAAUUGAAAAUAUUAAAGUCAAAGAAGAUCUCAUUUUAAUAAAAGAUCAACAGAUUGAGAAACAAAGGGGUAUGCAAAAAGACGUCGAUAAUAAAGUGAAUAAUAUGACGGAAGUUAUUCAGGCCCUGGAAAGUCAGUUGGCGAUUGCUGAAAAUAAAAUAGUAAUAAAUGAAGGGCGUAUAAGUGAAAAAAAUGAAGAACUUAAGAAAAACUUCGAAGAGUCUAAAACGAAAGAUAACCUUAUUAUAUUAAAAGAAGAACAAAUUAGAGACCAACAAAAUACAUUAGAUAACAAGAAUGACAUUAUAAAAAAUAUGACGCAGACUAUUAAGAACUUGCAACUUCAAUUGUCUUUGGCUGAGGAUCAACUAGCUUUCGAUAAAAACCAAAUAAAUGAAAAGAAGACAGAAAUUGAGGAAAAUAAAAAGAAUUUUAAGAUCAAAAACGACAUUAUUACAUCAAAAGAUAAGCAAAUUAAGGACCAAAACGAUCUGCUAAGUAGAAUAGAUCUCAAAGUAAAUAAUAUGACCGCAAGCAUUAAAAGUUUGGAGAGUCAGCUAGCACUUGCCGAAGGUCAAGUUAAAAUCAACGAAGAAAAAAUAAAUGAAAAGAAUAAAGAAAUCAAGGACAAUGGUGAAAAGUUUAAAAUAAAGGAUGAACUCAUUACUCUAAAGGAGCAGCAAAUUAAGGACCAAGAGAAAGUACUUAACGAUAAAGAAAGUAACAUGACUGAAAUUAUUAAGAACUUGGUGAGUCAGUUGGCACUUGCCGAAGGUCAAAAUGAAAUCAAUACAGAGCUAUUAAAGAACCAAAGUCGUGACAUUACGCAUCUAAGAGAGCAGAUUAUACAGAAAGAUACAGAUUUAAACAACAAAAGCUUGCAGCUCAAGGACCAAAGUAAUCAAAUUUCAAGUAAGGAUUUGGAAAUCCGAAACCUAAGCAGUCAAAUUAAAUCCGAUUCCCAAAAACUAACUGAUAUUACCGGCCGAUGUAGUCAGUUGGACAGGUGCCCCACUGGUUCAGAUGGCCUUCAUUUUAUAAAAAUACGUAAUUUAUAUUUCUUCAAAGUUGCCUGUAAAGCAGAUGGCUAUAUGAUAAUUCAAAGGCGUCAGGAUGGAUCCGAGAACUUCAAUCGAAACUGGAAUGACUAUAAGAACGGGUUUGGGGACGUUAAGAGGGAGUUUUUCAUCGGGCUGGAAAAGCUACACAUAAUCACUGAGGCAAGACCACACGAACUUUUGAUAAAAAUGCGAGAUGUUGAAGGUCGUAGUGGCUAUGCUCACUACGACAACUUCAGAAUAGGUAGUGAAAAUGAAGCCUACGCUCUGAAAUCUUUGGGAAAAUACUCUGGUACAGCUGGAGAUUCCCUUUCACAUCAUGAGAAAAUGAAAUUCAGCACAUUGGAUCGGGAUAAUGACAACUGGAAGGAGAACUGCGCUCAAGCAGAAAGCGGUGGUUAUUGGUACAACAAGUGUGGCACAAGUUCGCUCAAUGGAAAGUACCUGGCCAGUGGGAAUAAAGGAGACUUUGGUGGCUUAGCUGUUUUAUGGGGUUCUUGGAGCCAUUACGAUUUUAAAGUGUCGCUAACCCAUGUUGAGAUGAUGAUAAGGCCAAAGUCCUAGAGGGGUUCUAACUGUUCCUUCACCUCUACCAUAGUCUAUUUUUGACUAAAACAAAAUCCUUGUAGGAAUUACGAUGUUAGCCCCAAGAUAAAAUUAUAAUAAGCCCAAAACCAUAUAUAUUUAGUGUUGAUGAUCAAACAAGAUAAUAAUGCAUUUUAACGAACUCAAUCCUAGAGUGUUCUUAGCUAUUUUUCACCUCUACCACCCUUUGUUCCUAGAAAAAUAAAA